AUGAUAAAAAAUUUAAUUUCAGCAUUUUCACAAGGUGUUGGAAUUCAAAAAAAGGAAUUACCAUCAACAAUAAUUUUAAAUAAAGAUGAUUAUAAAGAAGCCAAUUAUUAUAAUUAUUAUAGAAAUUUAGAAUUAAAUAAACCAGAUGAAGUAUUAGCAAGAAGAAUUGCAGGUUUAGCACCAAUUGCAUAUCAAUAUUAUAAUGUUUCAAGUUUUGAUAAUAAUCAAUUUAAAAUUGUAGAUUUUUCAAUUGAUUCAAAAUUGAAUGAUACAUGUUUAACAUGUGUUUGGACACAAACCUAUAAGAAUGAAUCAAAAACACCGGUUGAAGCAGUUUAUAGAAUUCCAUUAUCACCAUUAUCAACGGUAUCAGCAUUUUCAGUACAAUUCAAUGGUAAAACAUUACAUGGUAAAAUAAAAGAUUCAACCAAGGCACAAGAGAAAUACGAUGAUGCAAUUGCAAGUGGUGGUCAAGCAUUCCUUGCAGAGAAAUCAAAAGAUGAUGAUAACUAUUUCAAUUUUAAAUUAGGUAAUAUACCACCAACUGAAUCAUCAAUUACAAUUCAUAUCACUAUGAUCUCUGAAAUUGGUAGUCAUUUAAAUUCAUUACAUUAUCUAUUACAUCGUUACUGUUUUCCACAAUCGUCAAAUUAUAAUUUUUCAUUAUCAUUAUCAGUGAAUUUAAGUAAUUCAAUUAAAUCAAUUUUUUUUGAUGGUGAUAAAUCACAUUCACUUCAAUAUGAAAAUAAAGAGAAAACAAAAUGUAUAAUUCAAUAUAAAAAAUCACUUGGUUUUAAUACUCAACCAAAUAUUCUAAUUGUAUUUGAAUUGGAUGAUUUAAAUAAACCACAAUCAUUUAUUGAAAAAUUAUCAAUUAAUAAAGAAGAUAUUAAAAACAAUCCACAUUCAGAUUCAGAUUCAGAUUCAGAUGAUGAAGAAAAUAAAAAAGAAAAUGAAAAAUCAUCAUAUGCAAUUGCAUUAAAUUUUUUCCCAAAAUUUGAAUCAAUUAAUAAAGAAGAUAUUUAUCAAAAAGGUGAAUUUAUAUUUUUAAUUGAUUGUUCUGGUAGUAUGAGUGGUAAUCCAAUUGAUUCAGCAAGAAGAGCAUUGGAAAUUAUUAUUAGAAGUUUAAAUGAACAAUGUAAAUUUAAUAUUUAUUGUUUUGGUUCAGGUUUUAAUAAAGCUUUUCAAGAGGGAUCUAGAAAGUAUGAUGAUGAUUCUUUGGCCGUGGUUAAUAGAUAUGUUUCAAAUAUUAGUGCAAAUUUAGGUGGAACUGAAUUAUUACAACCAAUUAAAGAUAUCUUAUCAAAAGAGAUUGAUCCAGAAUAUCCAAGACAAAUUUUCAUUCUUACUGAUGGUGCUGUCUCUGAUAGAUCAAAAUUAAUUGAAUUUGUUUCAAAAGAAUCAAAAACAACUCGUAUCUUUACCUAUGGUAUUGGUAGUAGUGUAGAUGUUGAAUUGGUAGUUGGUUUAAGUAAAGCUUGUAAAGGUUAUUAUACACUAAUUAGAAAUAGUUCAGAUAUGGAAACUGAAGUAAUGAAAUUAUUAUCUAUCGCUUUUGAACCAACACUUUCAAAUGUAUCUUUUGAUUGGAGUCAAUUAUUAGAUCUAAGCAAUGGUAAAAGUACAACUAUAAUUCAAUCACCUACUCAAAUUAGACCAAUUUUUAAUAAUGAAAGAAUGAUGGUUUAUGCUACUAUUGAACUCGAUAAUGAUAUUUCUAAUAACAUUGAAAAUCAUGGUCAACCAGUAAUUGUAACAAUGAAUGCUGAUGGUCCAUUAGGUGAUAGAUUAUCUUAUCAUGUCGAAUUGGAUUUUAAAAAUUAUUCACAAUCUAAUAGUAUUCAUACAUUGGCUGCUUUUAAAAGAAUUCAAGAUUUAGAAGAAAUUGAAAGAAAAUCUUCAAAAGAAACUGAAAAACUUGAAAUCAUCAAAUUGGGUAAGAAAUAUAAUUUGGUUUCAAAACAUACAUCUUUAGUUGUAACUUCAGAUUCUGAUUCACCAACUGAAGAUACAAUGAAAGUUAUAAAUAUUCUUCCAAAUAAUUCUCAACAUCCAAUUAUUGUUGACAGAUGUCAUACUUUUGCUGUUAAUUUUAAUUCACCACUUCAGUACCAACAACAACAACAACAACAACAACAAAAUUUCAAUAGUGGAUUUGCACCACCACCACCACCAAUGAUGUCAUCAGGACCACCACCACCCCCAGGUUCAUCUUUUGGUGCACCUCCACCUCCACCCCCAGGUGGAGCUUUCCCAACAUCAUCAAUAUCAGAAAAAAAAUCAUCAUCACAAUCAUCAUCAUCAUAUUUACCACCAACAAUGUCAUUGUCAAGAAAAUCAUCAUUGUCACCAUCAUCACCAUCAAAAAAUUAUCCAAGCCCUAAACUCUCAAGUCCUUCUUUAUCGUAUGGUUCAACUCAAUCAGAAAGCACUCCAUCAAAUGAUCCAUUAAUUUCUUUAUUAGCUAAACAAAAAGCAAAUGGUUCUUGGAGUAAAUCAUCUAUUCAAGAUCAAUUCUCUUCUGCUAUUAGUAAAAUACCAAAUGAACUUUCUGCUGUUGAAGACGUUUGGGCAACUUUAUUAGUUAUCUCAAAAAUUAUGAAAACAUUUGCUUCUCAAAAAUCAAAAUGGGAACUUAGUGUUCAAAAAUCAAAUAAAUGGGUUAAACAACAAUUAUUAAAAUUAAAUCUUUCUUUUGAUCAAUUUUUAGAACUUGCAAAAUCAAAUGUAUAA